AUGGGAAGGUGGUUAUUAUUGGACUUCCUGGUGUGCACCGCCUCAGUCUUCAACAUCGUCCUUAUCAGCUUCGACAGGUUCAUCUCUGUCACCAAAGCGGUCAGUUACAGGGCUCAGAAAGGGAUGACCAGAAAUGCAAUACUGAAGAUGAUCACUGUAUGGAUUGCUGCUUUUCUUCUCUAUGGUCCAGCCAUUCUCAGUUGGGAGUACAUUGCUCAAAAGAGCAUCCUCCCUGAAGGAGAAUGUCAUGCAGAAUUCUUCUACAACUGGUAUUUCCUAAUGAUUGCCUCUACUAUUGAAUUCUUUACACCUUUCAUCACUGUUACAUACUUUAACUUAAGCAUUUACCUCAACAUCAGGAAACGCACAUCGCUCAGAAAUGAAAACCUAUUACCUGGUCAAGAGGACUGUGAAAUGAGUUUCCAGGGGAAAAAAAGGGAACACACUAUAUUUUUUGUAAAACCUGCUAACAGACACAAACAUGAGAAGAAGCGAGCAAGCAGCCUUUCGCCCCCAAAAAGGGCUUCAAGGCUCAGCCUACAUAAGCUUGACAAUCAGUCAUUAAAUCUGAAUGUCAAUCAAGACCUUCCACCACUUCAGGUAGAAGUCGGGACCAAGCCUCAUAGGAAUUGUUUCUACAAAACUACAGAAAGCGUAUGCAACACCACCAGCAGAGUGGACAUUGCUAACACUAUGGCAAAUAGAUUUAGACUUUCGCGGGAUAAAAGAGUAGCAAAGUCUUUAGCAAUUAUUGUCUGUGUGUUUGGUUUGUGUUGGGCUCCAUAUACACUUUUGAUGAUCAUCAGAGCAGCUUGCCAUGGGCGCUGUGUGCAGUAUUCACUUUAUGAGACUUCAUUUUGGCUUCUGUGGGUGAAUUCAGCCAUUAACCCUGUCCUAUAUCCACUGUGUCACAUAAGCUUUAGGAAAGCCUUUAUAAAACUCCUGUGCCCAGGAAAAGCCAAAAUUCAUCCUCAUAUCUUUAUGUGA